GAAGAAGCUCUAUAUAGUCAUUGAUGUGCUUUCGAACGUUUAUUCGGGUUAUUUGCAAUUACCGUGAGCAAUGGUUGCAUCAGUGAAGUGGUUAUUAGUAGCAUUAUAUGCUAGUUUCACCGCGUCUCAAAGAUUUCUCAAUCCUUUGGAAAUUGUGUGCUAUGUGAACAUGCAGUCCGAUGUGAAUGACAGGAUUCUGGGACAACUGCCAAAUUGUAGUUACAUCAUAGUUAGCUGUGACAAUUUUUUUUUAGAUCGAGCGUCUUGGAUUCUCGUGGGUAGAAAUGUUAUAACUAGCAUCCGUGGUGUAGCAGCGCAUGCUGAAAUAUUAUUAUCGAUGCCUUUGGCCAAGGAUCUGAGCAAGAUUCACUCACAAGCUGGCUGUGACCAGUUAAUUCAACAAACUCGCGCUAAUCUUGGCACAGGUUUAUUCGACGGAAUCGACUUGGACUUCGACCCCACGAAUUUGGAACUGUUUGAUCAACUUCAUUUCGCUCGAUUCUUGAAAAUGUUAGCUGUUCGUUUAGGUUCAUCGGCGGUAAUCGCCACCGCUAUCGACUGCAAACCAAAUAUUUCUAGGUCAUUGGUUCGUACAAUGAAUGAGUAUCUAGACAUAAUAGUAUUACUGCCGAUGAGUGAGGCCCUUUGCAAUUUCCGAAAAGAUGAAGUAUUCAUUCAUCGACAAUAUUCUGAGUCGUCUAUAAAUUGUGCCUUAGAAUCCGGUUUUCGGAGAGAUAAAAUCAUUCUCGGAGUUCAAACUGCCGGCAUUAUCAUUCACUCUUCAUCUGCGAAGGUGGACACUGUCCUGUUGAAAAACUCGAAAAUAGGAUUUAUAUCUUACGGGCAUGUUUGUCAACUGCACGAACAGCACAAUCAACUUUGUUUUGGAAAGAACGAAAAUUGUCCUAACUUCUUCAAUAGUUCGUCUAAAAUAAUUUACGAUGAUCCUGGAACUGUAAGUGAACGCGCACAGCAAAGUAUCAGACGACGACUGAAAGGCGUCUCAAUACUGUUGAACUAUGAUGAUUCAACUGGAUUAUGUGGUGAUGGUGAAUUUUCAUUGUUCAAAUCAGUACUUAACCCAUUCAAUGAACCGAAGAUUGUUGGCGUCCGGCAUGAAUUGUCUGCAACCGGAAAUAUCAACACAGACAGAAUGAAACACUUCCAGAACUACUCUACUCAUGAAGAUCCAAUAGCACGUUUGAAUGAUGCCAUCGAAAAUACAAAGAUGGUUUCGUCGAUGGUUACAAAACUUGCGGAUACCAUGCUGGAAACCAUACGCGAGUCUGUCAAAUUAAUCGCUUCCUUUGUAAAUUACAAUAAUAUCUACAGCGUAAAACCACCAGGGGCGACUUCGAACGAAUCCAUAGGAAUUGAAGAUAUCAUUAGCAUUUUGGAAGACACGGAAAAUGAAAGCAUGCCAAAAUCGAAUGAGGAAGCGUUGGAUGCCGCUAAACUUUUUCCAGAAGAGGAUGAGGUCACGAUUCUAAAUGAAAACAUUAGACCGAACCAAAACCGCAAUGAAUCAUUCAACACCAGUGCUAAAUCUGAUUUGAAACCAAUAGAUAACCAUAGUAUUGACGAAACGAUAACUGAAGAUGGUCCUGUGAAUGACGAAGUCAUCAGAUUGUUGCCAGUAGAGAAAAUUGAUACUGUUUCAGAAAACCAGAAUAAAAAUAAUAUUGACGAAACGAUAACUGAAAAUGGUCCUGCAAAUGAAGAAGUGAUCAGAUUGUCGCCAGUAGAGACAAUUGAUACUGUUUCAGAAAACCAAAAUAAUAAUAAUGACGAUACGAUAAUUGUAUAUGAUCCUGUGAAUGACGAAGUGAUCAGAUCGUUGCCAGAGGAAGCAGUUGAUAUUAUUCCAGAUGAUUCUGUCAAGGAAAGUAUGGAAAACAGUCUACUUUUUGUCAAUCAAGAUAGUGAUAUCAAUAUUGGCGUUCAUGAUUUAUUAGGCUAGCUACAGUGCCCAAACAAAGAGACAUGUCAACAAAAAAAUGCAUUCAUCACGAAUCAUAGGAUGAUUCAAGUCCAAUUCUAUAAUCACCGUCACAAUCACUAAUUUGUAAAAAAAAAGUUCUCUCUGAGUAUUGGUUUUUGAAUCAGAAAUUGAAAAAACACUCAAUUAACCAAUCGUUCGGACAAAAGGGAUUGGCUUAAGUAGCUUACUAAAAUCACGAAAAGCAAUCUAAGUAGUUCGUUUUUUAAAGUAGCUAUCCAAACUUGAAAGUUCAA